AACAGAAUUGGUUCAGUAGAAAAAAACGAGUAACAGCUGAAAGUGGAAAAAAGAAAAAAGAAACGAAACUGAAGAUUCGUUUUAUGCAGCGUGCGUGUGCUUUGCGUUGGAAUUUUGCCAUCAGAUGCUGAGCAGUGAGCACAAAUUUUCUUAACAGAAAUCUGAAAUAUGGAACCCUAGAUAUAAUUUGUGUGUAUCUCGGAAUCGGUGAACGUUGAGACGCAGAGAAAAUGUCGACCGACCUGCAAUUGAAGUCGAGUUGUAGCGGAUGCGGAUCAACGACGGAUCUCUACGGAAGCAAUUGCAAGCACAUGACUCUGUGCUUGGGCUGCGGCAAAACCAUGGCGGCCAAACGCGCCAAAUGCGUUGAUUGUGGCGCCACCCUCACUCGUUUGAUUCGAGAAUAUAAUGUUCGUGCAAGUUCCCCCAAUGAUAAGAAUUACUUCAUUGGAAGGUUCAUAAACGGUUUGCCUGAUUUUUCGAAGAAGAAAAGUGCUGAGAACAAGUGGUCUCUGCAGAAGGAUGGACUACACGGACGCCAAAUUACUGAUACUUUGCGGGAGAAGUACAAGAACAAGCCUUGGCUCUUGGAGGAUGAAACAGGUCAGUCCCAGUUCCAGGGUCAUCUAGAAGGUUCACAAUCGGCUACAUAUUACCUGCUAAUGAAGGAAAGGAAGGAGUUUGUUGCCAUUCCUGCUGGUUCUUGGUACAACUUUAACAAGGUUGCUCAAUAUAAGCAAUUGACAUUGGAGGAAGCAGAAGAGAAGAUGAAGAAUAGAAAGAAAACUGCAGAUGGAUAUCAAAGAUGGAUGAUGAAAGCAGCAAAUAAUGGCCCAGCUGCAUUUGGUGAACAUGGGAAAUUUGAUGACAACGAAAGCAACACGGGUGGAGGGAGAAGCCAUAAAAAAACUGAUGAGGAUGAUGAAGGUCAUGUGUCUGAUAAGGGAGAGGAGGAUGAAGAGGAGGAAUCAGAAAGGAAGAGUAGACUUGGACUUAAUAAAAGAGCUGGUGAAGAUGAUGAAGAAGGUCCAAGGGGAGGGGACCAUGAUCUAGAUGACGACGAUGUUGAGAAGGGCGAUGAUUGGGAGCAUGAAGAGAUUUUCACUGAUGAUGAUGAAGCUGUUGGCAAUGAUCCUGAGGAAAGGGAGGAUUUGGCUCCUGAAGUUCCUGCUCCUCCUGAAAUCAAGCAGGAUGAGGAGGAGGAAGAUGAAGAUAAUGAAGAGGGAGAAGGUCUGAGUAAAUCUGGGAAAGAGCUGAAGAAGCUGCUUGGAAAAGCUAGUGGUCUGAAUGAAUCUGAUGCAGAGGAUGAUGAUGACGAUGACGAUGAUGUGGAUGAUGAUGUUGGUGUCCCUCCUGUCAUUGCUACAAAGCAAAAGGAUGCCCUUAAGGAAGAACCCAUUGACAAUAGCCCUUCAAAGCCAACAGCAACAGGACCUGCUCGUGGAACACCUUCUUCAAAGUCUUCAAAGGGGAAGAGAAAAUUAAAUGAAGAAACAAAGCCAUCUAAUACCGCAACUCCAAAGAAGGAACCAAAAUUGUCCGCCAAAGAUGUAAAUGGAUCUGCAUCUAAAAGUAGUGCACCUCCAAAAGGUACACCUCCAUUGUCAUCAAAGGGCGGGUCUUCCACAACAACAACAGCUUCUGGACCGGUGAGUGAGGAAGAAAUUAGGGCUGUUUUAAGGCAGAAGACUCCGGUGACCACUCAGGAUCUUGUAGCUAAAUUUAAGGCAAGACUAAGAUGUUCAGAGGAUAAGCAAGCAUUUGCUGAGAUCCUUAAGCGAAUCUCUAAGAUACAGAAGACUACAACUGGAGCCAGUUAUGUUAUCCUGAGAGAUAAGUGACAAUGUAGACCCCAAUGAUUGGUUCUGACGGAAAUGCAGCACUAAAAAGAAAAUAAGUUCAUAUACCAUCUAUAUUUUUCACAUUAUGGGCACCAUCUUCGAGAUUUAUACUAUUAAGCUAAUGCCCAUUAAGUGUACGACUUUUGCUUUUAAAACUCGUUGAAAAUCAGUUUUCAUCUGUUUACAAAUGCAAGUGGAUAUAUGAUACGGAGGUGAUGUAUUACACCAGUGUAUUGAAUAAACAGCCUGUACCAAUUAAUGACAUGGUAGAUGCAAAUUGUACAAGAGCAACAAUACUUAUGUACGUUCUUCGUUAUUUUUCGUGUUAUGUGCAAAUUAUUAGGUACGA